AUGACAUGCCGGGCGUGGUUGGAAGAGCAAGACGAAGUGGGUGUUGGGAGGGAGUUUGAGAAUCAUCCAGUGCGAGUGGCCUCCAGCGAGGUCAAGAGGUGGGAUUGUGAUGUGCCGUGUGAGUUUGUGAGUUCGGGUGACGACGUGGACGCCAGUUUGACGUAUGCAGUGGCGGGCAAGAUGGUGCUGCGCUCAAUGGAGGCGCGCUCCUAUUACCCUGCCAACGACCCUGCUGUGUCCAGGGGGUCCUACAGUGUGGUGAUGACAGUGCACUACGACUCAGACGUGCCAGUGCAGUACGGGUCCUGGGAGGAGUAUGACAUCAUGCGGCCUCCCGUCCCCAAGACAGCAGACGCCAUUGCUGCUGCGUUCAUCAGCAAUUGUGCUGCCAACAACUUCCGACUCAAGGCGGUGGAGGAGCUGCAGAAGUUCUUCCCGGUGCACUCGUAUGGUCGAUGUCUCAACAACCGGCCGUUUGAGCAUGACAAGCUCGCAGUGAUCCAACGUUACAAGUUCUCGCUCGCCUUUGAGAACUCCUGUGAACCGGACUACAUCACUGAGAAGUUCUGGCAGUCCCUAGUGGCCGGGUCCGUGCCUGUGAUCGUGGGCCCGCCCAACAUUGCAGACUUUGUGCCGGACAACACCUCGUACCUCUACAUCCAGAGCGAGGAGGAUGUUCCAAGGGUGGCAAGGCAGAUGCAGGCCAUAGCGGCCGACGAGGACGCGUACAACAAGAUGCUCGAGUGGAAGCGAUCUGGGCCGUCGGAUCAGUUCAUUGCCAACGUGGAUCUGUCGGCUGUGCACUCCUCCUGCCGCCUCUGUGUGCUUCUGGCUGACCGCAUCCGCACGCAAGAGAUCGCUGCCUCCCGCAAGCCACGGCCCUGCAGGUGUGAGAGCACAGAGUCUGGCAAGAAGCAGCUUACCUACCAUCUCUACGUGCGUGAAAGAGGCACAUACCGCUACACCUCCGUCUUCCUUACAAGCACCUCACUCACCCUACCAGGCCUCCGCCGAGCCAUUCGCCUAACCUUCAAAAAGAAGGGGUACAAGCCUGUUUGGGUCGGCAAGAGACCAGCCGUUCUGGCAUCGGAUAAGAGGAUCAAGGCACUGCGGAUUUUCCACAUAUAUCCGGCGGGAUCGAAUCAGAGGGAGGCCAUGUUCGGGAGCUACGCGGAUUUUCUGCUCAACUGGGCCGUGUAUGCGGGCGAGCGGGGGUAUGGGCGGAGUUUCCUUGUGUUUGCGGAAGACAGGGAGACAUUUGAGCUGCUGAGAGAGAGAUUUCCGAGACAGGUGGUGAGAUGGCACGUGCCGGAGAUAGAGCAGGCGGGAGAGGAGGAGCUGAAGGCCGCAGGACUGGUGGAGGAGGUUGUCGUCUUCCAUGCCUCCGGGUAG